AAACUAUGGCUGCUAGUCUGUCUCUGACUCAGCUUUCAAGUGGAAACCCUGUCUAUGACAAGUACUAUCGACAGGUAGAUCCAUCUGGCAGCGGACGGGUGGCGGCCGGAGACGCGGCCUUGUUUUUAAAGAGAUCCGGCCUUACAGACCUCAUCCUGGGCAAGAUAUGGGAUCUGGCCGAUUCAGAAAGAAAAGGAUUCCUGAACAAACAGCAAUUUUUUGUGGCACUCCGGUUGGUGGCUUGUGCUCAGAAUGGACUCGACGUGGCGCUGAAAAGCCUCAAUGCCGCUGUUCCUCCCCCAAAGUUUCAUGACACUAGCAGUCCGCUCCUGCCUGGCGGGGUGCCAGUCGACAGUCCAUGGGUGGUCAAGUCUGAGGAGAAGAUGAAAUUUGAUGCCAUCUUCGACAGCCUCUCUCCAGUUGGGGGCCUUCUCUCAGGAGAGAAGGUCAAACCAGUGCUGCUCAACUCCAAACUCCCAGUAGACGUACUGGGUCGGGUCUGGGAGCUGAGCGACAUCGACCGAGACGGGAUGUUGGACAGAGAUGAAUUUGCAGUGGCCAUGCACCUGGUGUACAGAGCUCUGGAGUCAGAACCAGUGCCCAUGUCAUUACCGCCCUCUUUGGUGCCUCUGUCCAAACGGCGGAAAUCUGCUCCAUCUCCAGUGCUGCCUCUCUUGCCCUCUCCUCCAUCUGUGAAAGACAGAAGUUCCUCUCACACAGGAACCAAAACACUACCCACUUCACCCACAGCACCAGCACCAGUACCAGUACCAGUACCGGCACCGUCACCACAGUGGGUAGUAUCUCCUGCAGACAAGGCCAAAUAUGACGAGGUGUUUACUAAGACAGACACUGAUAUGGACGGGCUGGUGUCAGGGCCUGAGGUGAGGGACAUCUUCCUGAAUACUGGCCUGCCCUCCACCACGUUGGCACACAUUUGGGAGUUAUGUGAUAUUGGUGACGUCGGCAAGCUGACCAGAGAGCAGUUUGCAUUGGCCUUGCAUUUAAUCAAUCAGAAGAUCACUAAAGGGAUAGACCCACCCCAAACACUAUCUCCAGAAAUGAUCCCGCCCUCUGAUAGGGCAACACCGCGGCCGGGCAGCACUGUGCCACCUCAGGCUGCCGACUUCUCUGCAAUCAAAGAACUGGAUUCCCUCAGCAACGAGAUCGUGGAGCUGCAAAGGGAGAAGAGCUCAGUGGAACAGGAAAUUAAAGAGAAAGAGGAAAGCAUCAGACAACGCACCAGCGAGGUCCAGGACCUGCAGGAUGAGGUGGAGAAGGAGAGCGGGGAACUGCGGAGGUUGCAGGCGGAGCGGCAAGAGGUGCAGGACGCUCUGGAGAAGCUGGAUGAGCAGAAGAAAACUCUGGAGGAGCAGCUUGGCGUCAUACGCCAGCAGUGUAGUCAAGAAAGUCAACUGAUCCAGUCUCUACAAGCCGAGCAUACAGAGCAGGAGCAGAAGAUAGGGAGUUACGAGGAGGAGCUGUGCAGAGCUCGAGAGGAGCUGCUCAGGCUGCAGGCGGAGGCGCGGGAACUGGGAGAGAAGGUGCAGGCGGCUCACGCUCAGCUCACUCCUCUACAGGACGCGGUGAAGGAAUCCCACUCCCAAAUCUCUCUGGUGCAGGACCGCGUGAACAUGCUCCAGACUGAAGAGAGAAAUGUGUCUGCCCAGCUUGCGUGGAAAGCUCAGUCUCCGGAGCAGGCAGGCCUGGUCAACGGCACGGCCCACGCAGAGGAGCAGCCGCCCGAACCGCCAGCCAGCGAGCCCCAGCCCCAGCCACAGGAACAGCAACAGCAGCCGGAAACAAAGGAUGAGGAAGACGACGAAGAACAGGCAGAAACAAACGAACCCAUGGAGCUACGCGUAACCGAAGAACCGCCCGAUCAGGCAGAGGAGCCCGCGACUGGCAGCCCAGACGAACAGGAACCCAAGGCAGAUCCUCUAGGGGAGCUGUACGCCAGCGCCAAAUCCUCCGCAUGGCCACAAGAGGGCGCCGUGAGGGAAGGCAGUAGCCCUGCACCAGGGACAGUGACAGAAGUGAAGGAAGAAAAGGUGGAGAAUGAGGAGCCAUCCGAAUCAAACACUCCAAAGGUCGACUCACCGGAGCCAGAACAGAAAGACGAGUCCUCCCAGCCAGCGCCGACCCCCCCUCAGCCUGCCCCCGCCUCGCUUGGCGGGCUGGACUUCUUCCAAUCUGACCCCUUCACAGACGGUGACCCGUUCAAAGAUGACCCGUUUUCAAAUGCAGAUGUUUCCGAUCCUUUCGGUGGGGAUCCAUUUAAAGGCACCGACCCGUUUGCUGCUGACUCCUUCUUUGCACCAUCCUCCUCUGCACCCUUCGCUUCCUCAGACCCGUUUGGGUCCGCCGACCCGUUUGCGGCGUCGACGGGCUCAGCCGAACCAGACCUGUUCAGCUCCCAGUCUUCAGCAGCAGCAGAUCCUUUUAAAGCAACAGGCAACGCCGCUGCCCCGGACCCAUUCAGCUCUAACCCCAGCAGCAACUCCGAACCCGACCCGUUCGGAGCCAAAGCGAACCCUGACUCUGAUCCGUUCAGCUCUCAGGGCACCGCCGGAAACGACCCGUUCUCCAGCGCCGGGUCGGACGCGACGAACAAGGACGUAACGGCGGUAGCAAAUGACCCUUUUGCUCCGGGGGGUACUGCUGUAAACAGUGGCUCAGACCCAGAUCCUUUUGCUGCUGUGUUUGGCAACGAGUCGUUUGGAGAAGGUUUUGCUGACUUCAGUGCUCUUUCCAAGUCUAACGGUGCUGAUCCCUUUGGCUCAAACAACAAGAAUUUGUUCAAGGAGGACAGUCAGCCAAGCAGUCCUGACGUCCCCCCAGCCUUACCCCCCAAAACGGGCACUCCCACCCGACCUCCACCACCCCCGCCAGGCAAACGGUCCAACAUUUUCAGGUCAGAGUCCUCAGACUCGUUCCAACGGAGGGGUAAAUUUUCGGGCGCGGGUGAAUUCUCCUCUCUGCCGGCCAAGGACGCCGUCCAGGACCCCUUCGCCCCCUCCUCUCCCAGCCAGGCCCCCCGCGACCACGACCGAUUUGCCAGCUUUGACAAAUACCCUACCGAGGAGGACAUGAUAGAGUGGGCGAAACGAGAAAGCGAACGAGAAGAGAGAGAGCGCGUCGCUCGGCUCACCCAGCAGGAACAGGAAGACCUGGAGCUGGCCAUCGCUCUCAGCAAGUCCGAACUCUCCUGACA